AUGGUUCUUGAUACUGUUCUGUCAUAUGUGCCAAAAGCUAUCCUUACUGGCUUGGCUGGUAUUGGAGCUUUCAUCGUCGCCGGCAAAGUUAUAAGCUAUGUCCAGCUUUUAUUAAGUCUAUUCGUGCUAUCAGGAAAGGAUCUUCGCACUUAUGGAAAGAAAGGAACUUGGGCAGUAGUAACUGGAGCUUCUGAUGGUCUCGGCAAAGAAUACGCAAUCCAACUUGCACAGAAGGGUUUCAAUAUUGUUCUUGUCUCCCGCACCGAAUCGAAACUUCAAACUCUCGCCUCUGAAAUCCAAACCAAAUAUGCCGGCUCAAAUAUCCAGACCAAGAUUCUUGCAAUGGAUUUUGCUGCGAAUAGGGAUGAAGAUUACGCAAAGCUGAAGGCUCUUGUUGAUGGACUUGAUGUGGGAAUUUUGGUUAACAAUGUCGGGCAAAGUCACAGCAUUCCCGUGCCAUUCAUUCAAACCCCAAAGGAGGAGAUUAGAGACAUUAUUACGAUCAAUUGCACUGGUACACUUCGAGUCACUCAAAUUGUAGCACCGGGAAUGGUUCAGCGCAAACGCGGGUUGAUCUUGACUAUGGGAUCUUUUGGUGGAUGGUUACCUACUCCUCUACUCGCUACUUAUUCUGGUAGUAAGGCAUUCUUACAACAUUGGUCAACAUCCCUCGGAGGUGAACUCAAGGGCACUGGCGUCGAUGUCGAAUUGGUCUUAAGCUACCUCGUUACAACAGCAAUGAGCAAGAUUCGACGUACCAGCAUGUUCAUUCCAAACCCAAGGACAUUUGUUAAGACUACUCUGGCUAAGGUUGGUAGAAGUGGGGGAGCUCAAAACAUGGCUUAUACGAGUACACCAAUCUGGGGUCAUGCAUUGAUGCAGUGGUGGUUGGAGAAUACUUUGGGUGUUGGAAGACCUUUGGUGGUUAAUCAAAAUAAGGUUAUGCAUCAGAGCAUUAGGACCAGGGCUUUGAAGAAGGCUGAAAGGGAUGCUAAGAAGGUUUGA